GGCAAUCACAAGUGGUCGACAAAGAGUGGGGGGUGGGACCACUGACUUAACAGGACUGCGCACACCAGAACUCUGUAGGAGAGAAGUUCUUCACAAAGGUCCAGCGUUUGGGCGCAAAAGGAUGGAUUCUUUCAGAUCGGGCUCUAGCAUAGGACUGUCUCCCUCUCCCAGAGAUCGACAAUCACCCAUGAGUUUUGAUCAGGAGCACUCACAACCGGGAACAAUGGCCGGAGUUCCGGCGGGAACACUUGGCUUCCCAUCUGAAUCGCUGUGCGUAAAGUACGGAGAAUUUUUAAAACACACCGCUGCCGCCGCAGCAGCCGCGGAGAGCAGUGGCGGGGAGCAGAGUCAGGAUGAUGACAGUGAUGGCAUUGGCAGGAGUGACAUGGUGCUUUUUCCUGAGGAAAGGCUCAUGGCAUCAAUGGCCAAAUGUGACGCAGGUAAGAAACACAAAGAGCAGAAAGUGCUGCGGCUGAACAUUAACGCCCGUGAGAGGAGGAGGAUGCAUGACCUGAACGACGCGCUCGAUGAACUGAGGUCGGUGAUCCCCUACGCGCACAGCCCGUCCGUACGGAAGUUAUCCAAAAUAGCCACUUUGCUCCUCGCCAAAAACUACAUCCUCAUGCAAGCGCAAGCACUUGAAGAGAUGAGAAGACUUGUCACUUAUCUUAACCAUGGACCCGGUGUUACCGCGGCGAAUACAUCUGGUGCACCCGGAUUAGGGCUCUAUGACCAGCAGACAGGAUACCCGUUCUCUGCUGGGACUCCAGACCCUUUCCAUAGCAAUGCAAAUCUCUUUAAUAAACACUUCAACCAUAAACCUUGAACAGUUGUGGCCGACGACACUAACAGGGGACUUCAAGCUUCAUGCACACAACUGAAUUGAUGAAUUGAUGGGACCAGCGUGACUGACUGAGAAGUAACCACAUUACCAAAAUAUGGAUUCUUACUGUAUAUGAUGUUAUACAUUUCAUGGUGAUUAUGUAUCGAAAUAGCUGUUGUUUUUGCAACGCCAAACGAAAUGACAGCUCCAUAACAUGGUCAAAAUGGUGAGGCUAAUUUGUCUUUAACAAAUUACAAUGCAAGUCCAGUCUAUUUAUUUGACCAUUAUGUAGGCCUUUAUUCAUUUUAUUCAGUUUGAUUCGAUGAUGUUCGAUGAAUAAAUUGUAUUGGUGAUAUA